AUGAGUUCUAUGUCAAUUUCAAUAAAUAAUUAUGUGAACUAUAACUGUCAUUGUAAUUGAUAUACUUUUUCUAAAAUAUUAUUUAAUUAUUAUUUCUUUAUCUUCAAAUUCUACGUGUAUUUUGUGUAUGAAUGGCUUCACCUAGUCAAGUUGAACCAAGACAAUAUAUUGAAAUCCUUGAUGAGGAAUUUUCUCAAUAUUUGGAAGUUGCUCAGUCCAUUGCAAAAACAAUGAAAAGACCAAAGGACAAAAAAAUUUGCAUCAAAUAUAUUCGAAAAUGCAUGGAAUUAGACGCUCCAAAUAUUGAAGUCAAAGCACAUCGUAAUGAAUUUUUCAGAUACUUCUUGAGGAUGCUUCAGAGUACAGCAGCAUCACAACCACCCCAAUACGAUGCAUGGUUCAAACCUUCGGCCAAACCAAAGGAAUCAUCAAGAAUAUCCUCAUUCUGGUCGCACGACAAAAGGACUUACAUCGCAGCCAAGCAAAUUCCCGGUUGCGGCACCUUGAUCUACCUAGCGACGUCCUACGACCCUCGACUCGGCUGGCAGAAGUUCGGUUUCAGCUCCCCAAACUAAUCACGAACCUUCACCGUCAACUCAUUUGGAAUAAAAGAAAAUUUUUGUUUUUGUUUUCGUAAUUUAUAAAAUUUAUUUGUGUGGACUUUUCAUGGUAAAUUGCUUGUAUGAAAAGGUCACAAUCCUUAAAAGUCUGUACAGUAAAAAUAUAAU